CUGCCCUGCUGCAGCCACAGCUUCCUUCUUGAAAUUCCUGGAAAACGCUGGUAGCCAACCCCCAGCUCAGCAGAUUCAGGAGCGCCCUGCAUCUCAACUUGACCAUGACACGGCCCAGGCAGUCGUCCCUCUGGCGGCCCCUGCCCUCUCUGCUUCCUUAUAAAAGGCAGGCAGGGCCACCAGCAUUGCAGAGAGGCUGAGACCAGCCCAGAAAGUUCCAGAUCUCACGCUCCAGCUCCCUGAGGUCAUGAGGGUCUCCGCAGCGCUUCUGUGCCUGCUGCUGGCAGCUGCCGCCUUCAGCCUCCAGGCGUUCGCCCAGCCAGGUGCAUUCAGUGCCCUGUUCCCUUGCUGUUUCACGUUUAACAAUAAGAAGUUCCCCUUGCCGAAGCUGACGACCUAUCGAAUCACCAGCAGCCACUGUCCCCAGAGAGCUGUCAUCUUCAAGACGAAGCUGGCCAAGGAGAUCUGUGCUGACCCGAAGGAGAAAUGGGUCCAGGAGUAUGUGAAACAGCUCAGUCAAAAAUCUCAUGCCCUGAAGCCUUGAACUCGUCCAGCCACACUAAGACCAAGCCAGAGUGUGAGAAACGACAAUUUAUUCACCUCCAGCCUGCCCGGCUAUACCCUGGACUAAUUUUACUGUAAUUUUCAAACAGGGUGCUUUCCAUAUUGUGAUGCAAAAA